AUGAGAUUUGGAGAGCACAGAAAUAAAAUUAAUUUUUCAGUUUUUUCCUCUCAAAAGAAGAAGUGGCACCAUGCUCUAUUUUAGAACAUCUAUAAACCUUAUUUCAACAUUAUCAGGUAUAUAGGGUAGACAUCGCCCUAUCCAUACAAGAGGUAAGAGAAGAGAAAUAAUUUUUUAGGGAGAUGGUAAAGCAAAACAUUAAUAUCAAGGCGAAUAAUAGUAAUUAUUAGAAUAAAUAAGACAAUAAUGAAAUUUUAAUAAAUAAAUUAGAAAUUUAUCUUUUCUAUAAAAUCAAAAUCAUUGGAUAUUACUCGAAUAUUAAAAUAAAUAGCAAAUUUUAAAGCUGCUUUAAAUCCAAUAAGGAUGACUAAAAUACUAAGGAUCGAGCAAAUUUUCGUAAGACUUAUUCCUUUCUCUUAAUAUUAAACUGA